GUGUCUACAAGGUGUGCGUCUUUAAUGAGCACAUAUCCCAGGGUUCCCUCCGUGUGGUGGUCUGUCCGCCUGCUUUUUCUUCUAGUUGUCUGACUGCAGUGAUUAUUUCCCCUUUAAACAGUCACUCACGACGGCCCUGACCAUGCCUCCACUCCCUUCCCUCCUCAUCCUUGCACUGCUACAGCUAGUAGUAUUCACCUGUGUAAGUGCCGGGGCAUACUAUGGCCACAAGCAGCAUCCUCAGCAAUACCAGCCAAUGCAGCACCUCCAACACAUGGGCAUGGGCAAGGAAGGAUAUCCCCAACAGCAGUACCUUGGCAAAGAGGGGCCCUAUAUACAGUAUCCCCAAUACAGGAAGGAGCUACCCCAGAUGCCAAUGCACAAAGGCAAAGAAAAUCCUCGCAAAGGGGGCGGCUAUAAUGGUGGCCAAGACAAAGGUCUAACAAUCCCUAGUGGAGCUGAGGGAAUUCCCCAGGGGGAGCCAUGCCCAGCUGGACCCCCUGGGCCAGACGGUCCUCCAGGACCUCCUGGGCCUUCAGGUAAUGGACAGCCAGGACCUGCGGGGAGACCUGGAUCUCCUGGUCCACCAGGAAUGCCUGCAGUGGGAAAACCAGGUUUACCAGGACUACAGGGCAAGCCAGGAGGAAAUGGGGAGCCAGGGCCCCAAGGAGAAAUGGGUCCUAGGGGUGAAGAAGGGCCAGCAGGACAGCCAGGGCCUCAUGGUCCCCCGGGACCACCUGGCCUACCUGGAAUAGGUAAACCAGGGGUACAAGGAUUGCCAGGCCAACCAGGGCUGAAAGGUGAGCCAGGACACAAAGGUCUUCCAGGACUACCGGGAUUACCGGGACCAAAAGGAGACAAGGGGAUGGGUCUGCCAGGCCAACCUGGUCACAAAGGAUUCCCAGGGCCCCCAGGUCCUGCUGGUCCAAGAGGGCUGCCUGGUUUUGGAAAGCCAGGGUUGAAUGGGGCACCAGGGCCACAGGGACCACCGGGAGAGAAAGGGCAUCCUGGAGUGCAAGGGCCAGCUGGGCCAACUGGUGACGGAGGACAGCCUGGCCCACCAGGUAUACCUGGUCAAGGGAAGCCAGGUAUAAAUGGUCUGCCAGGACAGCCAGGCCUGCAAGGUGUAAAAGGUCAUCCAGGACCACCAGGUUUGCCAGGAAAGCCAGGACUGCCAGGAUUUGGUAAACCAGGACUUCCGGGACCAAAGGGUGAUAAAGGUAUGAGUGGGCCACCUGGACUUCCAGGACCAAAAGGAGACAAGGGCUAUGGAGGACUACCUGGUAUGCUUGGACCACCUGGACCAAAUGGUCCAGCAGGUCCUACUGGCCCUAUGGGACCCCCAGGAGGUAUAGGCACACCUGGUCCUAAAGGAGACUGUGGAGAAGGAGGACCUAAAGGGCUUGAUGGAGCCCAAGGGGAACAGGGUGCUCCAGGGAUACCUGGUAAGGAUGGUUUUCCUGGAGAGCAGGGAGAGCCUGGCCCAAGAGGUCUGCCAGGACCAAGUGGUCCCAAAGGAGAAAAUGGGCAUAAAGGACUACCUGGUAACCCUGGUCCUUCAGGACUUCCAGGGCCAAAAGGACAAGGUGGACUACCAGGUGAAGCAGGACCUCAAGGUCCUAAGGGAAUCCCGGGAAUGGAUGGCACAGCAGGACCACUUGGGCCUCCCGGUCUUCCAGGGCCAAAAGGAGAUAACGGUUCACCUGGUUCACCUGGGCUUGCAGGUGUGGGGACCUCAGGUCUUCCUGGUCCCAUAGGACCUCCAGGCAAAGAUGGUCUAUCAGGACCCGCUGGACAACCCGGUCAGCCUGGGCUUCCUGGACCCCCAGGCCCACCUGGAGAAUCUGGUGUGUCUCCUGACAUGGCUGGAGUGCUUUCCCAGAUGGGUCCUGCAGUAGAUGGUGUCAAGGCUGGUAGUUAUGACAAGAUGGGCAAGUAUGGAGGCAAUGGGGCAGAAGUAAUGGGGGCCAGUGGAUUGGAAAUGCCAGCCUUCACAGCAAUAGUAACGACUCCAUUUCCACCUGUUGGCACUCCAGUUGUCUUUGAAAAGCUCUUGUACAAUGGUCGUCAAAACUACAAUCCCGAGACAGGAAUCUUCACCUGUGACAUGCCUGGCAUUUAUUACUUUGCCUACCACAUUCAUUGCAAAGGUGCUAAUGUGUGGGUGGCUUUGAUGAGGAACAACGAGCCAGUGAUGUAUACAUAUGACGAAUACAAGAAGGGUUUCCUCGAUCAAGCAUCAGGGAGUGCCGUAUUACCUCUACAACCUGGGGACACUGUGUAUUUACAGCUGCCCUCAGAUCAGGCAUCAGGACUUUAUGCUGGGCAAUAUGUACACUCCUCCUUUUCUGGUUAUUUGUUAUAUCCGAUGUAAAACCUAAAACUGCAGGGAAGGAAGGGCUUCAGUGAGUACAUAGGGGUAGCAUGUACUUGUAAAUUAAUCAUGAUCAUAAACCACCUAAGACACGCAAACUCCUAAUCUAAAGUCAACACAUUUUGAUCUUAUCAGCAGAGAUGAGAGGUGAAGAUAUAAUUUCUUGGGAAAAAAUCUGAGGUAUGAGAAUCUGCAUAUUCAGAAGCUUUCAUACUGCCAUUACUGCCUUGGAGUCCUAUAAUUGGUGGAAAUGAAAACAAGAUGUUUUCUUUGACAGCUUUGAAGAUAUCAUAAAAUAUAUAAAUGGCAGUCAAAAAACAAUAUGAAGAUUGUUCAAGAUGUAUUAUAUAUAAAGAAAUGUGCCAAACCCCAGUAGGGCACAAACAUAUAAAGCAUAUAAUGUGAAGUGUAUGCAAAAGAAAAUACAACAAACCACACACUUCUGGUGACACUGUUUUGUACCCUGCUCCUCAUCAAAACAGGCAGCUACCCCAUGUGGUAAAGAAUGUGAAAUUCCAUUAGAAACAUUUGGUUGUUUUCAUUUUGGAAGAAAAUGUGUGGAUCCUUACCAUGUAUUGCAUUGCUAUUGAUAAAGGCCAUCAUGUAAAUUAGUUUGCAUUUUAGCCGUUUGGUCAUGUAUUUGGAGUGAACGCAUUUCUGGUCAUGCAACCAGUAAAAGACUGCGUUUGGACUUAAGUUAAUAGUAUUCGAUCUAUUUCUUAUUAUUAAUAGCUCAAUGUCUCAACCUCCCAAGUUACCAUCUCAGUUGCAAAUGCAGUGCAGGAGCAAACUAAAUGACACCUACGCUUUUUAGGGGAUAUUUGAAUGGCAGUUGAUGCAUUUGUAGGAGCACAAAAAAUAAAUCGGGCAAAAUAAAUAAUCACAUUCAUGAUAUAUGUUGAUGACAGACAAUUGCUCACAUGAGUGAGAUUCAAGGAGUAAGAAUGUAAUAUUAAUUGUAUUUUUUUUAUGUUUGCAUGAAGGUUUAUGUUUUUUGCAGAAAUGCGGAGGUGAAACGAACACUCUUUAGUUGCUCAGAAGAAUGAAAAACCACUCCAUACAUUAUAUUACAACAUGUAAACAGUGUGCUACAAUUUUUAAAUCAUCUCUAUGUCAAACACUAAACUGCAAGAUUAAACUGGUAUAAGUGGCUUUUGGUCAAAUCAGAAAGUACAAAUCCAACCUGUCAACAUGAACAGUUUAACAGUUAAAACUAGAACAUUCUAUUUAACAGAGAUAUGCAUCGAUCGAGUCCAUUCUGUUUUUGGAAAAAAAUAUCUGAGUAUUUUAUCUUUGACUCUACUUGUGUUUAGUUUCAUUCCAAAGAAAAACAAGAAACGCAUAAGAAUGAAAUGUACUUUUUGUAAUGUUUUUUUAUUUAUCAUCCAACCAAUAAUAUUGUGGUACUGUUUUGUAACCCUAAUUCAUUAUCGUCUGGAAGGGCAGUAUAAUAUCACUAAAGAUAUUAAGUUCCUCCACCGUUGCAAAGUCUGGAGGUGGCACACUAUCCAUUUGUCUAAAAUCAAGGUUCAUGGGAAACACACAAGAAAUGUAUUACAACUGAUGGACUCAAAGAAAAAAAUUAAUGUUGCUGCAAUUCAUAACAACAGUUAACUUAAUAUUAUAGUAUUUUGUUUGCUGAUCUCCCACAUGCAAAGACAAGAACAUAGAACAUGACAACUUUUAAAGAAAAAAUAUAAUGUAUUUCUCCUUUUUACCAUGGUGCUAAUAUUUUCAUAACCAAAGAUUUGAUGUCUUUAUGUUUUAUGUCUGUUAUUAUCGUCUGUUUUUCUUAAUAAAAAUUGUUCAAAUGGAAAAA